UUUGAUGAGGUCAUUGAUGACAUCAUGCGCCUGGAUGACGUUUUGGGCUAUAUGAACCCCGAAGUCCACAUGCCCAACACGGUGAGUCUNNNCAGCAGUCACAUGAAUGUCUAUAGCGGGGCCCCCCAGGUGACAGCCUCUCUCGUCGGUGUCACCAGCAGCUCCUGCCCCGCUGACCUCACCCAGAAGAGAGAGCUGACAGAUGCCGAGAGCCGAGCCCUGGCGAAGGAGCGCCAGAAGAAAGACAAUCACAACCUGAUUGAGAGACGGCGAAGGUUCAACAUCAACGACCGCAUCAAAGAGUUGGGGAUGCUGAUCCCCAAGGCCAACGACCUAGACGUGCGCUGGAACAAAGGGACAAUCCUGAAGGCGUCCGUGGACUACAUCAAGAGGAUGCAGAAGGACUUGCAGAGGUCACGAGACCUGGAGAAUCACUCACGGCGUCUGGAGAUGACAAAUAAGCAGCUGCUGCUCCGCAUCCAGGAGCUGGAGAUGCAGGCACGCGUCCACGGGCUGCCCACCUCCUCGCCCUCGGGCGUCAACGUGGCCGAGCUGGCUCAGCAGGUGGUCAAGCAAGAAGCCGGCGGGGAUGAGGGGACGCUGGAGCCGCUGCUGCCACCCCCAGACCCCGAAUCGCAGCCGCCGCCCGCGCUGCCUCCACCACCCCGGUCUCCCUACCACCAGCUGGACUUUACCCACAGCCUGAGCUUCGACGACGGCUCUCAGGGCUUCCCGGACAGCCUGGAGCCCGGCCACAGUGCUUCCUUCCCAUCCCUAUCCAAGAAGGAGCUGGACUUGAUGCUGAUGCAGGACACCAUGCUGCCCCUGGCCUCCGACCCCUUGUUCUCGGCCAUGUCCCCGGAAGCAUCCAAGGCCAGCAGUCGCCGGAGCAGCUUCAGCAUGGAGGAUGCAGACAUGCUGUGACGAGCUGCUCUGACUCUGGGGACGAGGACUGGACCUGCAAGUUUGGUUAGUGAAGUUACA